AUGACGAUAAUGAGAUUGAUUAGCCGUUUGAUUCUCCCAAAAUCGUCACCGUCUCCUGUUCCACGGUGGUUGAGCACGGCGGCGGAGGCAGUGACUGCGGAAUCGGCGGCGGAGGCAGUGACUGCGGAAUUGGCGGCGGAGGCAGUGACUGCGGAAUCGGCGGCGGAGGCAGUGACUGCGGAAUCGACGGCGGAGGCAGAGGCGGCGGCGCAGCGUAAGAAGAGAACCCAUCUCUUCUAUCAAGUGGUUAAUAAGGCCAGGUCCGACUUGUCGCGCGUGCCACACGUUCUCAAUAAUUGGGUGAAUCAAGGAAAUGAGGUCGGGAGACCCGAUAUUCUUAACCUUACUGAUUAUUUCAGCUAUCGCAAGAAUUUCAAGGCCGCCCUUCAGAUCUACAACUGGAUGGAAAACCGCAACAUGGAAAUAACUAAUGUCGACAAGGCCGCACGCAUUGACCUCCUAUGCAAAACUGAGGGCAUAACCUCUGCGGAAAGUUACUUCAAUAACCUCCAAGAAUCCGAAAAGACCAGCAAAACCUAUGGGGCCCUCCUUGGCUGCUACUGCAAGCAGAAGCUCGUCGACAAGGCAGUCGACACUUUCGACCUCAUGAAAUCACUCAACUUCGUGACGACUAUAAACUACAAUAGCAUGCUCCAUCUCUACUACACCAUGGGGAAAUAUGAAAACCUCUUAUCCCUUGUCCAAGAUAUGGAAGAGAGAAAUGUCCCUCUCGACACCUUCUCUUACAACAUGCUGAUCAACAGCCACGAUGCCCUCAAGAAUCUGGACGCCAUUGACAGUGUUGUCGAGAAAAUGGAAAGCAAAAACGUUGCAGAUGAUUGGUUCACGUUAGGGAAUCUCGCCACCAUUUAUUUCAAGUCGGGUUUGCUUGAGAAGGCAAAGGCUUAUCUCGACAGGAUGGAAAAAACGCUUGCCCGGCCACAAAAGGAUCUGAUUGAGGCCUGCAAGACCCGAAUCAAUCUGUAUUCUCAGAUGAAUGAUCUGCAAGGCGUGCUCCGGGCUUGGCGGGCCCUUAAGUUGGAUAUCCCGAAGCCCAACACUACAUGCUACGUCUUCAUGCUGCUGGGUCUUGCGAAGCUCGGGGAUCAGGAGAGCCUGGAGAACAUUUUCAAGGAGUGGGAGGAGAGCAAGUCCAGGUUCGAUCCCAAGGUCCCGAACGUGCUCUUGGAGUAUUAUCUGAAACGGGACAAGAUGGAUAAAGCGAAUUAUCUGUAUGCAAGUUUGGUUCAAAAGAAGAAAAUGCCCCAUUUGAGGACGCUGGACUUGUUUGCGGCCCUGUGUGUGAGAAAUGGUGAUGUGGAGUCGGGCCUGAAGCAUUUGGAGAAGGGUCUGGAAAUGGCAAAGUUGUGGACGAGCGAUUGUUUUCCUACAGAGGAGACAGUUAAGUUGUUUUUGAAAUAUUUUGAGGAGAAUGAUGAUCCAGUGAGGGCAGGCUUGUUUGCUGAGAGAAUGAAGGGCUUGAAGCAUGUGAAUUUGGAUGCCCUCGCUGCUAAUGUUAAGGUUCCUGAUGUCGAAAUUAGCAUCUGA